AACAGAAUUUUUUUUCUCUUUGUGCACAAUUACGCACAGCCACUGUCUGGCACAGCUGAUCUGCAUUCAGGACAGCGCGCUCAAAUGGCCAGCAGAGUGUCACGGUGAUUACUGAGCCUGUAUGUGUGUGUAGGUAUCAAGUGAUCCGCGCCUUUCGUGCUUUCCGAGACGCAUUUUGACGUCACACGGCAACUUUUUGGAACAAUCUGCGCGCACGGCGGGUUUGGAGUUUCUGUAUGAUUGUAGCUGCAGGAGCCAGGUCACACAUUUACCAUCAGGAACGCAAAGCUCAAUGUACGGCUCAGGGUAUCUGGGAACAUGCUCAGUGCGCGCCACAUGCGUAAUAACGCGCACGAUGUUCCCGAAGCCGCCUGAGUUGUAACUGUUCCGAUGUGAGUCUGCUGGUGGAGAGAAAACUACACAUUCUUCACACCAACGCAGACACAUCUGUGCGCCUCCGUGACACCGCUGGACGGCUUUCCAACACGUCCAUGGAUAAAAAGAACCGCCGAGCGCCAGGAUGGUUGGUGUGGCAGCGAGUAACGGGACUUCCCCUGCUGACAACAUGAGGUCCGCGUUCAUGAUCGAGGAUAAAGUCGGCGGCGGGGAGCCCAGCAUCUCCACCAACAUGAUGAUCUCUGAGGCUCUGGCGCCCCGGCUGCUGAAAAUUGCGCAGGACGCGGCAGAGGCUGCGGCAGCGGCCACUUUCCCGUCCUCCUCCAGUCAGCCGCAGGUCAUGGAGACGAACGGGACGCGCUGCGGGGAGCAGAUCCUGAGCUACGGCCGGGUGGAGAAGGUGCUGAUCGGCGGGGUGCUCACCAUGCUCACGUUGUCCACCAUCUGCGGGAACCUGCUGGUGGUCAUCUCAGUGUGCUUCGUGAAGAAGCUGCGCCAGCCCUCCAACUACCUGAUCGUGUCUCUGGCCCUGGCGGACCUGUCCGUGGCGCUGGCCGUGAUGCCGUUCGUCAGCAUCACGGACCUGAUCGGCGGCCAGUGGAUAUUCGGCCAGUUUUUCUGCAACGUUUUCAUCGCCAUGGACGUGAUGUGCUGCACCGCGUCCAUCAUGUCCCUGUGCGUAAUCAGCAUCGACAGGUACCUGGGCAUCACCAAACCCUUGACGUACCCCGUCCGGCAGAACGGCUGCUGCAUGGCCAAGAUGAUCCUGUCCGUCUGGCUCCUCUCCGCCUCCAUCACCCUACCGCCGCUCUUCGGCUGGGCGCAGAACGUCAACGACGGCAGAGUUUGCCUCAUCAGCCAGGACUUCGGAUACACCGUGUACUCCACAGCCGUGGCCUUCUACAUCCCCAUGUCGGUCAUGUUGAUCAUGUACUACAGGAUCUACAGGGCAGCCAAGCUCAGCGCGGCCAAGCACACCAUCACCGGCUUCCCCAGGGAGGGAGAGCACCGCGCAGGGGCGGCCCACCGAGGGGGGAGAGGGGUGCAGGAGCCCCGGCAGCCGUCGGAGUCGGGGGAGACGGGGAGCGUCGAAGCCACCGAGACGGAGCAGUGUGAGGAGGAGGCCGAGGAGGAGAGCCUGGACUGCGUGGCCGCGGCGCUGAAGCUGCAGCGGGAGGUGGAGGAGGAGUGCAGCAGCCGGGUGUCUCGCCUGCUGAAGAGCGGCGAGCACCACCAGCGGCGGAAGAGGAAGAACCAGUCCAUCUUCAAGCGGGAGCAGAAGGCGGCGGCCACCCUGGGCAUCGUGGUCGGCGCCUUCACCUUCUGCUGGCUGCCCUUCUUCCUGGUGUCCACCGCCCGGCCGUUCGUCUGCGGCGUGGAGUGCAGCUGCGUGCCGCUCUGGCUGGAGAGGACGCUGCUCUGGCUGGGCUACGCCAACUCCCUCAUCAACCCCUUCAUUUACGCCUUCUUCAACCGCGACCUGAGGACCACCUACAGCAACCUGCUGCGCUGCCGCUACAGGAACAUCAACCGGAAGCUGUCCGCCGCCGGCAUGCACGAGGCUCUGAAGCUGGUGGAGAAGCCCGACACCGACGCCUGAUGAGAAACAUCCAGGGGGCCUCUGGGGUCGGGACAGAACCUCCUCACUGCCAGACUGAUUAUCUGCUCCACUUGUAUGAAGCUGAAGCAGGAGGAGACAGCAGGCUGGCUGUGUGUGAAGGUGCACGGAGGAAACUAUAAAAUAAGAGGCGAUGAGGGACGCCUGGCUCAGACUGUGAAGCUAAGCAGUUUAAAGUUGGCUGUGUGUUGUUGGACAGUGGCUGCAGGGAGACAGCCGUCUGCACACAGCUGGCCGAGCUGCAUGCUGGCGUUUUACUCCUCUGUUUGGAUGGAUGGACUUCUCGCUGCCUUUUAUUUUCAGUUUGAGCCACGGGGAAGAGAACCGCAGCUCCUUUGGUUGCGGUAUCUGUUCAGCGCACACCUGACGACGGGACAAAUGAUGUCUAAAUGUGUAUAAAUAAUGUACAGAUUAAUGUUCCUGCUGUUUUCGUUCUGAGCUGUGAAUCAAGAGUCCAGAUGCUUAUUUGUCUCUGUGCUUAAUAUAUAAUAAGUAUCGUUUCUGUGCAUCCACUGGUCCAUGACCUCUGUGACAGGCAGCUCUCGUAGGAACCAUAUAGAGUUAUUUAUUGUGAAAUCUCAGCGCGGCUCUCUGAAGCCUGGGCUGAGGAGAGAAAUGUGACGUCGUCAGACACCUUUUUAACGUGCCUGUGCCUUUUUCCUGCUCUGUCCGUCACGCCUCGGCUCCAGGGCACAACAGCCUCAUUUACAGACCGUGCACUUUGUGCUUCAGAAUCAGAGCAACGUGACGAGUAUUUGGGUAAAAAGCGGUGAUGAAAUGAGUCUGCAGCUCCACGGCUGUACGACGGAAACGCCCUUCAGACAUGAAACGGGUCAGAAAGUUGCACUUUACCUGAAUGAACUGGCAUUUAUUUUAUUCUCACGGUACGGUGUCCUGAUAGAUUAACACAGAAACAUUUAGAUUUAGCUCACCGUCCAUCUUCACAUGUACAGUUUAUACAUCCGAUGGCAGAUAUUAGGGUGGGAGAUACGGACUUAAGAUUCAAUGACCAUAUUUUGUGCUGUUUCUUGUAUUAAUGAGAGAAUUUACACCUUCUUCACAGCCUUAUUAAGGCAGUUUUACAGUGAUUCUUAUCACUAACCUGCACACAGUAGCUGGACUUCAUCAUAUUUUCAUAUUCAGUGAUAUUUAUUGCUGCUGUCAUGAAGCCAGCUGUGGAGGAACUGAUAAAAGUAACAAUCCUCAUCAGUGACGUUUUCACAUGUCACCAGUCAGAAUCUGUCAUCACAAUCAAUCUGAAUUCUUAUCGUGAUACAUUUCCCAUUAAAAUUAUAAAAUAAAAAGAAAUAUUUUACUGUACUACAUUCUAUAUUACGUUGAAUAAACUAAAACUAUACGAUAAACAUCCAUCCUUAGAUAUUGUUCCCCACUUUUCCCUGCUGCUGUAGGACUUCAUGUUUUCCUCUCAGAGCCAAACUACUUCACUAACUUCUUGUUUUCUUUCCAAUCUGGAAACGAACGUGUCGUCUUUCAGCCGCCGUUUGUAAAACACACUGGACCUACUAGAGCUCCCAGGUCGGGCUCACAGACACUUCCGUCUUUGAGAAUAUUUCAGAUAACAAACAGUUUUCACACGAUUACUUUUUUUUCCCCUUUGCUGCCACACACAAGGGAAUCACCAUGGGAACCCGUAAAAGCGUUUUCUGACUCAAACCAAACAGAACAAGAUGCCAGACGCAGCAAUAAUGAAGCAAGAUGAAUACCAAUCAGAAUAAAGCGAGUUUUAGAUUUCAGGCUGAGGUUAAAACAGCAAAUUAUUUUAUUAUUUCAAUGGGGCUGAAAACAAAUUGGCUGGAAAACGCUUAACAAGUCCCACCAAAAUGGAACAUA